AUGAGAGAGAGACAAACCGCUGUGUCCAGGGUGACUAACCCGCCCACAAUCGUCACUACCUUCCAGUUAUUCUUUUUCUUCCAUCUCCUUUCCACUGUCGCCUCCUACAAUCCUGUUGAUCAUUUCUCAGUCAACUGCGGUGGUUCCGGCAAUUUCUCUUCUCCAGAUGGCCGGAACUGGACCGGAGACAUAGAUUCCGGUCUAUUCUCUCUGAUCGAACUCUCCAACAGCAAUAAGUCAUCAGUAGGCGACAACGCAGAUGGCAAACCGAUCCCUUACAACAUCGCACGCUUCUCUCGCUCCGAAUUCUCCUACUUGUUUCCUGUGAAGACGGACGGCCAAAAGUUUAUUCGCCUCUACUUUUAUCCAUCUUCCUACAACCCGAACUUCCCGCGCUCCGAUGCUUUUUUCUCCGUCAAAGCAGGGCCCCACAUCCUCCUCAAGAACUUCAACGCUUCACUUAACGCCGACGCCAACGCCGGCUUCGGCUCCGGCCCCAGCGCUUAUCUUAAACAUGCUGCCGGAGAACAAGGAGCCAUCGUACGGGAGUACUGUGUCAACGUUGACUCAGGUCGGAGGCUGAACAUAACCUUCACGCCCAACGAAUCUUAUCCAAACGCCUACGCUUUCGUCAACGGGAUUGAGAUCAUCUCUAUGCCCCCCUUUCUGUACUACACCAAGCCUGAUGACCAACAAUCUAUGCGGCUAAGUGAUGGAAACAUGCAGUUUCCGGUCCAGAACAGCAGUGCUCUGGAGACUCUGUACAGAGCUAAUGCUGGCGGACGUCAGAUUCCUUCCGAUAAAGACACAGGCAUGUAUCGUUAUUGGGACCAGGAUAAUGACUACUUGGAGAGGCAACGACCGCUAAGUAUUUCAGCAGGUUUUGGUUUACAUCCAGUUUACAGAGAUGAUCAAAAUUAUUUUGCACCUGAUGAAGUAUACAUGACUGCUAGAAAUUAUGGGAUGAAAGAAACGUCCAAAUUUAAUGUGACUUGGGAAUUUGAAGUUGACUCAGAGUUUUUUUAUAUGGUGAGAUUGCAUUUUUGCGAGUUUGAUGAACACAUUGAAAAAGUUGGAGACAGAGUUUUCCAAAUCUUCAUAAAUGACGCUUUGGUGGAGUCUGUCGCCGAUGUAAUGUUGUGGACUCAGAGUCAGAGAAAUGUUCCUGCUCAUAGGGACUAUGCAGCGUCGAUGCAGGGCAAGGGAAGCUUGAAGAAGCUCAAUCUUUCAAUUAAGUUGCAACCACACCCAACUGCAAGAAGCACUUACAGGGAUGUUUUAUUGAAUGGUAUUGAAAUUUUGAAAAUAAGUGACUACAAUGAUAAUCUUGCGGGUCCUAAUCCUGAUCCACCUCUACCUGCCCCCCUAACAUCCUUCAAGACAUUGAAGAACAGAAACACAGUAAAGGCAAUUCCCAUUGUCGUCGGGGCAACAUCAGGUUUCAUCGUGUUGUCUCUUGUUGUUCUGCUCAUUUUCCGGCAAUUCAUUAGAGCUCCGGUCAAGGAAGGUUCUUCAUGGUGGGGACAAAAAUCAGUUGACUCGUCCAAGAAAAACAAACCCCGUGGGUCAUCAUCAUUACCGUCGGAUUUGUGUCGCUACUUUUCUAUAGAUGAAAUAAGAGCAGCCACAAGUAACUAA